GCAACCUCCUGACUGAGCCCCUUUCUUCCCGCUCCCCGGCAGCGACUGGCGUCUUCCAGAGCCAUGAGAGCCUUCGGCCCCAUCCUCUUCCUCGUCUUCCUCCUCGCUGGGCGGGGUUCCGAGGCAGCGCCUUCGGCCUCACCAGCUGCAGGCUCCGACUUCCCGAGGAUGGGCCUCCCCUCGGAACCCCUUCUUCCUGCUCCUGAAAAUGCCACUCUCCACCAGCCGCACCCGGAACCCCCUGGGAUGGCUUCUCCGGAGCCCUCCAAGGCGCCUCAUUCGGGUUCCCCUGAGUCCUCUCCCCAUAACGUCACUGACACCCCCAACGCUGACCUCCAAGAACCCCCACACCCAGAGUCUCCUGAGACCCCCCAACCUAACUCACUCAACACCCCAAUAUCAGAAGCCCUGGAGACCCCCCAAAUUAACCCCUCACAGAUGAUGCAUCCAGAACCUUCUGAGACCCCCACGCCUGACCUGCCGGAAAUUCCACACCCAGAGUCUCCCGAGACCCCCAAACAUAACUCACUCAACACCUCAACAUCAGAAGCUUUGGAGACCCCCCAAAUUAACCCCUCCCAGAUGACACAUCCAGAACCUUCUGAGACCCCCACCACUGACCUGCCUGAAAUUCCACACCCCAAAUCCCCUGAGGCCCCCAAACCUAAUUCCUCCAAAACUUCACACCCAGAAUUUCCUGGGACCCUGGAUCGUGACCCUCCCCAAACUGCACACCAGGAGUUUCCAGGGAUCUCCAAACUUAACUCCACUGAAAUCCCACAGGCAGAGGUCCCUGAUCCUGACCCCACCGAAACCCUUCACCCCGAAACUCCAAAAAUCCAUGACCCCAACACCGCUGAGACCCCAAGCCCUGAAUUCCUUCAGACCCUCCACCCCAACCCUACUGAUACCCCUCACCCAGAAUCCCAUGUAACCCACCACCCCGGCCCCACUGAAAUCCCCCAAUCAAAACUCCCCACAACCCUCCACCAAGGUGCCACAGAGAUCGCCAGGGACUCUGCCCCUGAAACCUCCACCAGUCCUCACCCAGACACACCCGCACCCUCCAGGGACCAGGCUACUGCCCUCCACGAGCUGCCCCUGACCCCCGAGCCAGAAACCCCUGCAGCCACCCAGCCCAACUCCCUUAAACUGCCCGCCUCUGAUUUUCCUGGGACUGUUGAGCCCAAGGCCUCCCAGAGCUCUAGCCCUAAAGGGCCAGAUGCCGCUCUUUCCUCCUCCCCGAUCGCGGACCCCCCUGCUUCUCCAGGGCCCCCCAAUCAGCCGGCCCCUGCCACGCAGCGGGCCCCCCAGCGGCGCAGCCGAGGUGAGAGAGUCAACACUAUCAUCCUGGUGGAACGAGUGAAGGAGACCGGCGUGACCCUGGUGGGACGCCCCCGGGGCGGGGCGGGAGGGGCCCUGUGCCUCUUCUUCGCCGGGACCGGGCUGCUGAUCGGCAUUUUCCUGCUACCGCGCCCCUCUGCUCCCAUAGUCCUGCACCUGGACCCUCCCAAGGAGCCGUACGAUCUCUACUUUUACGCGCCGGAUGCCUGGAUCCCUUCACACAUCGCCACCAAGCAGCCGCCGCCCACUCCUCCGCUGCCGCCCAAGCUGCCCCCGCCGCCCCGCGGGGGCCGCUCCCAGCGCCUGGAGCCGCUCUCCCCGGCCACGCUCCCCGACAAC